UCCUUUCACCUGGUGUGAUGUCACGGUAACGGGAUGAGACAGAUUUGAAGCGGGGAUUGGACCUUUGGUUGUGUUCAGGUGGAAGGUGUGUGUGUGUGUGUGUAAGUGGGCUGCUAAGGUGUGUGUGUGUGUGUGUGUGUGUGUGUGUGUGUGUGUGUGUGGACCUAGUUCACAAGAUGCUAACAUCGCAGAUGUUUUGAGAUGAAAUAAUGAUUAUUUUUCCCAAAGCUUUUACUUUCAUCGGACCUAUCUUUUUUUUUUUUUUUUUUUUUACCAAAAUCUUUUUUUUUUCACCUUGUUUUUUUCUUAUACAAAUAUUUGUAAAGAUUUGUCUUUUGUACAUGACAUCACUGUUGUACAGACUGUACAUAGCCAUCUUGCGUCUGCGACAACAAUCACUGAAAAAGGUGGAAAUGUAAAGGAAAAAUAGGACUUGAUUGUUUAUGAUGAACUUCCUCCAGCAGGAAGAAGGAGAACUUGAUUUCUAAGCAGAUCAAGUCAUGUUUGUAUGGCGUAGGUUUAAGCGUAUCACAUGUCCAACUUGAGCUAUGAACACAAUAAAGUCAUUGCCAUUCUUCAUCAUCUCGUCAGUUACGUCUUGUGUCCACUUGGGGGCGCCAAAUAGCUAGAAUUUAACUUUUAGUAGAGUAACAAUUAGUGGAGCUACUAUAUGCAUGGGACAGGGUCUUAGGGGGUUAUUAUAGAGUUAUUUGACUGCAUGUAAACGUAGCCAAUGUACGAACAAGCCGAUAAUAACUGAAAUAAACUGAAUAUGCUCAUAUUCCGGUUUAUAUCAACCCCAAUAUUAGCCCUGGGUUACUGCUUUUCCUAUCGGGAUAUCCCAAUCCAAAGUAGUAUUGAUGUGUGUUCUGCGCAUGUUCCAUUCGAAAUGAAUCUUGGGACUUUAACAGGAAGUAUUAAAUUUGAAAACAUGGCGGCACGCAUAAGUGUAAAUUUUUGGAGCUAAGAGGUACUACCGGUGCCGGGUCCGGUACCGGAGUUGUUCAUAUUGCUGUUGUUGUUUUUAUAUACAGGAAGAAGAAGCGGAAAUGACGUGUCAUGACGUUGUCCAUGCGUCGCUAUUUGGAUGGGGAUUCGUUUGUUUACAGUUAGCAUAUACAGUUGAUGUCAGGAUCGAUCCCACCGCCUCUUCCAUCCGAUAUGGGAAUGGGUGGAGUCGUUCUCAGGCCCCCCAAACCUCAUCAUAAAGGACCCCCUACCCUCCAGACACCAUUCAUCCUAAGGAUUGGCCGUCUCCCAGCACCAUGCCAGGCAAGCCCGCACCCAGUGAUAAACCCGAUCCGGUGGAGGCUCCAUCGGCUGCCGAGAGCGAAGCACCGCCCGCCGCCCCUCUUGAGAAAAAUCCGGAAGGAAGCACCCCAGCUGCUGAAUGCGAUGCUGCUGCAGCUGCCGCAGACGUUCCUGCUACUGACGCUGUCGGUGCUCAAGUUGAGGAGCCACCCGAAGCCCCGGCACCUCCAUCUCCUGCAGUUCCCACCAGUGCUCCAUUAGAAGUAUGCGUAGAAGAUGUCAACGACUCCAGCCUCACCAUCAAGUGGAAGACGCCAAACGCCAUCGGGGACUCCGGCCUGGAUGGAUACACCGUUGAGUACUGCAAGGACGGAACAACAGACUGGGUGGUGGCUAACCAGGAGCUGACCAUGGCUAUCUGCUACUGCAUCAAGGACCUGACAGCAGGUGAUAUGCUACUUGUGCGUGUGGUGGCUGUCAACGCCGGCGGUCGCAGUGAACCUGGCACGCUCGCCCAGGCCGUGCCAGUCCGGGAUGUUGUCGCCCGUCCAAAAAUCAAAGUGCCUCGCAAUCUCCGCAACCGCUUUGUCAAACAAGUCGGAGAGCAAAUCAACCUGGUCAUUCCGUUCCUUGGAAAGCCCAAACCUGCGGUGUCCUGGCUGAAGGACGGUCAGCCUUUGAGCCCCAAGAGGGUCAACAUCAGGAACACUGACAAGGACAGCAUCCUAUUUAUUCGUGGUUCCCAGAGGGAGGACUCGGGUGUUUACGAGAUGACCGUCAAGGUGGACAGCUUUGAAGACAAAGCCGCCAUCACCCUUCAGAUUGUCGAGCUGCCUGGUCCUCCUGCUAGCGUUAAGCUGGUGGACUGCUGGGGUUUCAAUGCCGCACUGGAAUGGACGCCUCCCAAGGACAACGGCAACGCAGAGAUCACUGGGUACAUAGUCCAGAAGGCGGACAGGAAGACUGGGGAUUGGUUCACGGUGCUGGAACACUACCACAGGCUCUCUGCUACCGUCUCUGACCUCAUCAUGGGAAACUCGUAUUCCUUCAGAGUUUUUUCCGUGAACAAAGUGGGCGUCAGUGAGUCGAGUGCCGUCACGAAGGACGUGGCUACAAUCCAGAAGACAGGUACAUAUUCCCAUUUUGUUCCAGAAGAUAUAUUAUUUUUCCAUGUGGUCAAGGGUCUGUACUCGUAUUGUAUUUAUAUUUCAACAGGCAUUGUGUACAAGCCACCAGAGUACCCGGAGCACGACUUCAGCGAGGCGCCCAAAUUCACCACACCGCUCAAUGACCGGGCGGCAACUGUUGGAUACACCACCAAGCUUCUCUGCUCCGUUCGUGGAUGUCCCAAGCCCAAGAUCGAGUGGCUUAAAAACAAGAUGGUCAUUGGUGAUGACCCCAAGUUUCGUCAGAUCUCCAACCAGGGAAUUUGCUCCCUGGAGAUCCGCAAGCCUUGCAGCUUUGAUGGGGGAGUCUACACGUGCAGAGCGAAGAACGAGCAAGGAGAAGCCGCCGUCUCCUGCAAGCUGGAGGUCAAACAGGUUAUUCUGGCGGAAGCUGACAAGGAGAAGGGCAAAUAAAGCAACACUUAACCUUCAAAGGGUGACUGACAGGAAAAAGGUUAUGCAACAGCGUUUACAUGAAAAUGAAGAAAAACUCUCCAUCCACACCGCCGCAGUCUCAUUUUGCUGAAUGUUGAUUAUUAUUCUAGUUUGUCCAACUUCAGCUUGAAUGUACAAUUAUUGUUCUGCCAUUAUCAGGUUGUUAUGCUAUCGUUUGUAACGCUCAAUAAAACUGUC